AUGGCGGUCUCACGAGUGUUCUCUCUCCUUACGUUAACUAUAUCUCUCUUCGCCGUCAUUUCUACCGUCUCCGGCCAUAACAUUACCCAAAUCCUCUCCGAAUCGCCGGACUAUUCCUCCUUCAACAGCUACCUUUCCCAAACCAAGCUCGCCGACGAAAUCAACAGCCGCACUACCAUCACCGUCCUCGUUCUCAACAAUGGCGCCAUGUCCUCCCUCGCCGGAAAACACCCACUCUCCGUCAUCAAAAGUGCUCUCAGCCUCCUCGUCCUCCUCGACUACUACGAUCCCUUAAAACUCCACAAAAUCUCCAAAGGCACCACUCUCACCACCACGCUAUACCAAACCACCGGAAACGCUCCCGGGAACCUCGGAUUCGUCAAUGUCACCGAUCUCAAAGGAGGCAAAGUCGGAUUCGGCUCCGCCGUUUCUGGAUCCAAGCUCGAUUCCUCCUACACCAAAUCCGUCAAACAAAUCCCUUACAACAUCUCAAUCCUCGAAAUCGACGCUCCGAUCAUCGCUCCCGGAAUCCUAACCGCCCCUGCUCCGUCCGCCGAAGGAAUCAGCAACAUCACCGGACUUCUCGAAAAAGCCGGUUGCAAAACCUUCGCGAAGCUACUCGUCUCGAGCGGUGUCGUCAAAACUUACGAAUCCACCGUCGAAAAAGGCUUGACGGUUUUUGCACCGUCCGAUGAAGCUUUCAAAUCCGAAGGCGUACCAGAUCUGACGAAGCUCACGCAAGCUGAGGUGGUCUCGCUCCUAGAGUAUCACGCUCUCGCUGAAUACAAACCCAAAGGCUCACUCAAGACUAACAAAGACUCAAUCUCCACGUUAGCCACUAACGGAGCCGGGAAAUACGAUUUAACGACGUCGACUUCCGGCGACGAGGUUAUCCUCCAUACCGGCGUCGGUCCGUCGAGACUCGCCGAUACUGUGGUCGAUGAGACACCUGUCGUGAUUUUCACGGUGGACAAAGUUCUCCUCCCCACCGAGCUCUUCGGAAAAUCUCCAUCUCCGGCUCCAGCACCGGAGCCAGUGAGCGCACCGACACCUUCUCCGGCUAAGUCACCGUCACCAGCUGAAGCUCCGUCACCUGUCGCAGCUUCUCCGCCUGCACCUCCAGUUGAUGAUUCGCCGGAAGGAGCUCCGUCAGACUCACCGACAAGUUCAGAAGACAGUAAGGCGAAAAACGCGGCGUUUCACGUGAACGCUCCUGCGUUGUUCACCGCAUUGGUCACUCUUGCCGCCACAUCACUCUUGUUCUAA